UUUGUGCAUAGUGAAGAAAAUGAGAAAGAGCAAGAGAUGCAAAUUGGAAGUCCAACAGAUGUAAAGCAUGUUGCUCACAUUGGUUGGGAUGGAGGAUCUGUCAAUCAAAAUCCACCCAGCUGGAUGAAUGAUUUUAAAGUAUCGGGAAAUAUCAAGGAGGAUGCUUCAUGCAUUUCUGAAGAUUUGACACGGUCACGUGAUAAACCGGGACUUCAAAAAUCGUCGAGAGAGCGUUGGAGCACUUUAGGUGGUUCACCAACAAAAGAAGGACCACGACGUGGAUCUUCGCAUUGCAGUGGAAACCCUAAAGUUUCACGGAGAUCAAAGGAAUCUCCUGAUAUUCCUAACGAUGGUUGUAGAAAAUCUCGUCGGAAAAAAUCAAAGGAUUCUGUAAAUGGUGGGUCUACAAGAUCGUCACGACGAGCACGUGGAUCUCAGACAGAAUCUAUGAUUGAUAUUCAAUGUCUGAUGCAGGAUCAUUGAUAUCAAUCUCCACUUAUACCUAAAUUAAGAUAAUAGAAGAGUUUGGAAUUUGCCUGAAAAUAACAUAUAUAUAGCUUUGGUUGGUUACUAGGAUAUAUAA